UAUAUAGUGCCUAAGAAUGUCCACCAGAGUGACCUCUCGAAUCCAUUUGAAAUCUCUCAGCCACUGAAACUAUUUCGUCUCAUUUUGCAUCCCCCUUUUGGUCAAGAAGAUACUCUCAGUUUGUGGUUGCUUUUUAAUGGUCCUCAAAGAACCUACAGAUUUGCCCAGGAUGCACUAGUCAUUCAGAUUUGGGCAGACUUCAGCUCUCAAACAUUAACAGUUCAUCUCUACAGUUAUUGCCCUGAAGCCUUUUUCCUGUUGCAAAGGGUUAAGUUGCAAAUAUCCAACUUUAAAAGAAAAUAUUGCAAUUAAGUCAUGCACAAGGAACCACAUCUCCACUCUUGAAAUGCAACCAGCUGCCAUCACUGCCCUCGCCACAAAGAAAAGUUCUUCAAGUUGAGAUGCAACUGAUACUGUUCAUAGGUUUUUGAGAUAGGUACAGGUGGAGAAUUUAGGCAAAGCAUCUUGGAAUCAACACAUUCUUCUGGCUAUGUAGAGAAACAUAAAAGUGGUAGGGUGUAUGCAUGUAUAAAAGUCACUCUUCAAAGCUGCUUUAAUGCAUGAAGUGUCCUCCAUGAAAUAUAUGUCCUUGGAUAAAGACUUAAUAAAAAGCUCUUAAUAAAAAUAUAAAUAUGUUGAGGUCUAGAAUUAGACAAACGGUUUGAUUUUAUAUGAGUUUAUUAUGGUUUAAUAUUCUUGCUCUUUCCAUAAUCUCAUAGUUGCUAUUGUGACUUGAGAAAUCUCUAGAUAGUAGACUGAAAGCUCUAAAUAUUGGUCAGCUACCAUGAUUUGAGGACUAAAAUUGCUUUGUCAUUGAUGUCCUCCAAUUGAAAUAGGUGUUCAAAGCAUUUUUGCCAUCUUGAUGUUUGCUUGUGUCUGUUCCUCUUAUGCACAAAGCAGAUUUAUAUGGAUUGGAGAAUACCAUAUAAGGGGCCCAGAACCCAAAAGGAAAGAGAAGUCUUGGGUCUCUUUGAGAAAGUGAUCUAAAACGUAGGCAUCGUAAGGAGGAAGUGAGUUAAGUUCCUGCUUUCCUUACAAUGAUGUGAGGAGAACAACUAUAUAGCAAGGGAGCCCUUGAUUUUCUCAGGUCACGGAGCCAACUACAUUAUACCAUAUUAGCCUUUAAUUUAAUAAUCACAAGUCCUUCUUUUGUCAUACAGUGAAUAAUUUGGAAAGCAGUGCAGUCAUUUAGGGGUUUUUGUAAGUCUGUUAGACUUUAAUACCAUAUUAUAGACAAAUUGAUCAUGAUUUUCUGAAGCAUGUAGUAUAGUGGGAGAGAAAACAUUGACACACAGGAGGAGAUUAAGAACAGUUAAAUGGUAACCAGAGUCUCAUCUUCUCUAAGUGCAGUGACUGCAGAGAACUUCUAUUUUGUUACCUUGCUUUCAGUUAGUACUAUCAGAGCAUUUUCACAGCACAGUAUUUGAAGGACUGGUUUACAUUAAUAUUUGCUGUUCUUUUAUUUUUAUUGUUUGCCCCUUUUUGAAAGAGGGAGGAUUUGAUUCCAAGGCCCCUGGCAAUUUGUCAAUUUCAGAUACUCCAAAUUUCAGAUUUAUGCUGAAAUUGAUCUUUUCUGAAUCAAGGUAUCCAGAGCUUCCCUACCUGGAUAAUCAGUGUGCAUCCUACAGAUAGGAAGGGCACUCCUCUUCCUUAAUCUUGUCCUCCACCAGUGUAUAAAGUAGAAUUCGGUGGGCUGUCUCUGCAGUGAUUUCUUAUCAUGAUUCCCACUGAAAGCCCUGUUCUCUCCUUCCCCAAAUAAAGAAUUAUUUUAGGGUUCAAGGAGAUGUAAGGAGGGUGAAGAACUAAGGAGGCUUUUCUUCUCUUGGUUAAGUAUUGAAACUUAUUUUGAGGUUCCUUUGGCUACCAAGAGAGAAGGCAACUUUCAUAAUGUAAUGUGAGUGGCAAUCAGUAUAACUUGGUUGUUUCAGUUUGCUAAAGCUGCCAGAAUGCAAUAUACCAGAAAUGGGUUGGCUUUUACAAUGGGGAUUUAUUGGUUUACAGAUUUACAGUUCUAGGGCUAUGAAAAUGUCUCAAUUAUGGCAUCACCAUGAUGAUACCUGGACUCUGAGGGAAGGCUGUGGGCAUCUCGGGCACCUCUGUCACUUGGGAAGGCACAUGGCCAGCAUCUACUGGCCCUUCGCUUCCGAAUCUGCACCCACAGGAAUGGAUUUCAAGACCAUGACAUUUUUCUGGGGUACAUAACAGCUUAAAACCAGCACAUUGGUCAAUUCAGUUAAGACAAGGCAUUACCUAUUUGGUGCUGUAUUGUUUGCCAAAAGCUAUAUGACAAACCUAUUAUCUGAAUUAAUUCUAGUAGUUUUUGGCCUUCCUGCAUCUUUAGUUUGUCUUCAUGCCAUUCUUAGAAAAUGCUAACAGUAAAGUGAGAAAGAAUUUAUUUUUAAUUUAAAAUACAGUGAUAGUCCCAUUAAAUAUACUUGUGCAAGAUCAGGCUUUGCAGAUAGUCAAAUGUGGGUUUGAGUUUAAGCUUUUCCACUCACUGUGAUCUUGGGUCAGUAACUUAAUAUACAACUCACUUUCCUCAUCUUUAAAUUACGAAUUAUAACUGAUACCUGUUUCAUAGUGUCAUUGUGAAGAGUACUGACCAUGUGUAUGUCACUGAUAUUUUCUCCGCUUGUGUUGAGAUUUACUUAAAUAGCGUUGAUAUCUAAAUUAAUAAAUUCCUCUUUUUUAUUUUUACAUCAGGAAGAGAAUAUGAGAAGUUGAGAUGUCAAUUGAGUGGAAAGAAUGGAUAGAUUAGUUUAUUAAGAUAAAUUUUGAGAAGAUCAGUGGCUCUUGUUUGCCAAUAAACUUUUUUACUGUAUUCUGUGCUGCAACGGGUUUUAGAAUUGUAACUACCUUUCAAUGCAGAUAAUUAACCAAUUCCCAGUUUUCUUUCAGGUAAAUGUUGGAGAUAUAGUUAUAAUAAAAGGCAAAGAGUAUAUACCUGCUGACACUGUACUUCUCUCAUCAAGUGAGCCCCAGGCCAUGUGUUACAUUGAAACAUCCAAUUUAGAUGGUGAAACAAACCUGAAAAUUAGACAGGGCUUACCAGCAACAUCAGACAUAAAAGACAUUGACAGUUUGAUGAGAAUUUCUGGAAAAAUUGAGUGUGAAAGUCCAAACAGACAUCUCUAUGAUUUUGUUGGAAACAUAAGGCUCGAUGGACAUAGCACUGUUCCCCUGGGAGCAGAUCAGAUUCUUCUGCGAGGAGCUCAGUUGAGAAAUACACAGUGGGUUCAUGGAAUAGUUGUCUACACUGGACAUGACACCAAGCUGAUGCAGAAUUCAACAAGUCCGCCACUUAAGCUCUCAAAUGUGGAACGGAUUACAAAUGUACAAAUUUUGAUUUUAUUUUGUAUCUUAAUUGCCAUGUCUCUUAUCUGUUCUGUGGGCUCAGCCAUUUGGAAUCGAAGGCAUUCUGGAAAGGACUGGUAUCUCAACCUAAACUAUGGUGGUGCUAAUAAUUUUGGAUUGAAUUUCUUGACCUUCAUCAUCCUUUUCAACAAUCUUAUACCCAUCAGCUUAUUGGUCACAUUAGAAGUGGUAAAGUUUACCCAGGCAUAUUUCAUAAAUUGGGAUCUCGACAUGCACUAUGAUCCCACAGACACUUCUGCCAUGGCUCGAACAUCUAAUCUUAACGAGGAACUUGGCCAGGUUAAAUACAUAUUUUCUGACAAAACUGGUACUCUGACAUGCAAUGUAAUGCAGUUUAAGAAGUGCACCAUAGCAGGAGUUGCUUAUGGCCAUGUCCCUGAACCUGAAGAUUAUGGCUGCUCUCCUGAGGAGUGGCAGAGCUCACAGUUUGGAGAUGAAAAAACAUUUAGUGAUUCAUCAUUACUGGAAAAUCUUCAGAAUAAUCAUCCAACUGCACCUAUAAUAUGUGAAUUUCUUACAAUGAUGGCAGUCUGUCACACAGCAGUACCAGAGCGAGAAGGUGAUAAAAUUAUUUAUCAAGCAGCAUCCCCAGAUGAGGGAGCAUUGGUCAGAGCAGCCAAGCAAUUGAAUUUUGUUUUUACUGGAAGAACACCUGACUCAGUGAUUAUAGAUUCACUGGGGCAGGAAGAAAGAUAUGAAUUGCUCAAUGUCCUGGAGUUCACUAGCUCUAGAAAACGAAUGUCAGUGAUUGUUCGUACUCCAUCCGGGAAGUUACGACUUUACUGCAAAGGAGCUGACACUGUAAUUUAUGAUCGACUGGCUGAGACUUCAAAAUACAAAGAAAUUACCCUGAAACAUUUGGAGCAGUUUGCUACAGAAGGGUUGAGGACAUUAUGUUUUGCCGUGGCUGAGAUUUCAGAGAGCGACUUUGAGGAGUGGCGAGCAGUCUAUCAGCGUGCAUCAACGUCUGUACAGAACAGGCUACUCAAACUCGAAGAGAGUUACGAGUUAAUUGAAAAGAAUCUUCAACUACUUGGAGCUACAGCCAUCGAGGAUAAAUUACAAGAUCAAGUACCUGAAACCAUAGAAACUCUAAUGAAAGCAGACAUCAAAAUCUGGAUCCUUACAGGAGACAAGCAAGAAACUGCUAUUAAUAUUGGACACUCCUGCAAACUUCUGAAGAAGAACAUGGGAAUGAUUGUUAUAAAUGAAGGCUCGCUUGAUGGGACAAGGGAAACUCUCAGUCAUCACUGUACUACCCUUGGUGAUGCUCUUCAGAAAGAGAAUGAUUUUGCUCUUAUAAUUGACGGGAAAACCCUCAAGUACGCCUUAACCUUUGGUGUACGACAGUAUUUCCUGGACUUAGCUUUGUCGUGCAAAGCUGUGAUUUGCUGCAGGGUCUCUCCUCUUCAAAAAUCUGAAGUUGUUGAGAUGGUUAAGAAACAAGUCAAAGUCAUAACACUUGCAAUUGGUGAUGGCGCAAAUGACGUCAGCAUGAUACAAACGGCACAUGUCGGUGUUGGGAUAAGUGGCAACGAAGGUCUCCAGGCAGCUAAUUCUUCUGAUUACUCCAUAGCUCAGUUCAAGUAUUUGAAGAAUUUAUUGAUGGUUCAUGGUGCCUGGAACUAUAACAGAGUCUCCAAGUGCAUCCUGUACUGCUUCUACAAGAAUAUCGUCCUCUAUAUUAUUGAGAUCUGGUUUGCCUUUGUUAAUGGCUUUUCUGGACAGAUUCUCUUUGAAAGAUGGUGUAUAGGCCUUUAUAAUGUGAUGUUUACAGCAAUGCCUCCCUUAACUCUCGGGAUAUUUGAGAGAUCAUGCAGAAAAGAGAAUAUGCUCAAGUACCCUGAAUUAUACAAAACAUCUCAGAGCGCUCUGGACUUCAACACUAAGGUUUUCUGGGUUCAUUGUUUAAAUGGCCUCUUCCACUCAGUUAUUCUGUUUUGGUUUCCACUAAAAGCCCUUCAGUAUGGUACUGUGUUUGGAAAUGGGAAGACCUCCGAUUAUCUGCUGCUGGGAAACUUCGUUUACACUUUCGUGGUGAUAACUGUGUGUUUGAAAGCUGGAUUAGAGACAUCAUACUGGACAUGGUUCAGCCACAUCGCAAUAUGGGGUAGCAUCGCUCUCUGGGUGGUGUUUUUUGGAAUCUACUCAUCUCUGUGGCCUGCUGUUCCGAUGGCCCCUGAUAUGUCAGGAGAGGCAGCCAUGUUGUUUAGUUCGGGAGUCUUUUGGAUGGGCCUGUUAUUUAUCCCUGUGGCUUCUUUGCUUCUCGAUGUGGCAUAUAAGGUUAUCAAGAGGACUGCUUUUAAAACAUUAGUAGAUGAAGUGCAGGAGCUAGAGGCAAAGUCUCAAGACCCAGGAGCAGUUGUGCUUGGAAAAAGCCUCACCGAGAGGGCACAAUUGCUCAAGAAUGUCUUUAAGAAGAACCACAUGAACUUGUACCGGUCUGAAUCGUUGCAACAAAACCUGCUCCAUGGGUAUGCUUUCUCUCAAGAUGAAAAUGGAAUCGUUUCACAGUCUGAAGUGAUUAGAGCAUACGAUACCACAAAACAGAGACCAGAAGAAUGGUGAUGGAGAAUGGCUGAGAAGCAGACUCUGCUACAUCUCUCAGACCAGCUUCCACGUCUUCACUGGAAUCUGCUGACCGACUCCAGUCUGGUUUGCGUGGGGAGAGGUGGAUCUGAGCUCAUCUCAUUGACUGACAUUCAGAUUCAUGUGUAUUUAUAGACAUAAGCACUGUGCAACUCUACUGUAACACCAUCUCUCCCAGAUUUUUAAAAGUAUUUGCUAAGUCCCUGUAAACAGAAAUUGAAAUGACCUUGUAUCCGGCCAGAGUGCUUUCUUAAAUUGAGGAGAGGUCAGUGCUCUUAGGCCUUCACUCUAGGCUGUAACUAUCAAUUUAUUAGACAUACCAUGAGGCGACCAACCAUUUAAAAAUUCUACAGUGGUGUAUUAAGUUAAAGGAACUCUUGAUAUCCAGAAUUCAGAUUUCAGGAUAUGCUGAAAAAAAAAAAAAAAAAAAAAAAAAAAACAGCCUUCUUAAGAAACUGACUCACCUUACUGAGCAAAAUUUCUAAACAAGGCAUUAAUAAGUGUUGUGUGAAAAAUUGUCUUGAUAAAUGUUUGCCAAAGAAGUUCCGUAAGUGUAUUUCUCAUUCAGUAGUCAUUUGCCCAGAAAUUUAAAAGAAAAUUUAAUUCCAGUUCUGCUGUGAGAUCUGCAUGCUUGACUUUUCAAAUUUAAGAGUGAUUUGCAAAAAUGAGUAUUUCAAGGCAUUUGCUACUAAAAUCUGUGAUGUUGCACCUUUGGCCUUAAAAAUGCUUCUUGUUUGUCUUGUUAAUUCGUUCAAGUUAGGGGGCACACAUGUUAAUGUGACUCUGUUGUUUUGUUACAAUACUGAUUUUUGAUAUUGUAUUUAUGUCUCUCAGUCAUUCCUGAUAAAGGUUUCAUCAUCCCUGAGAUUUUUCUAAAAAUCUGGCUUCUGCUCUAGAUUGAUUUAUGUCAUUUUGUCUUCAAGUUUCUUCUUAAGAAAAAUAUGCUUACAUGUUUAUUUGGGAUUUCCAAAGCUUCUGUCAAGUGUUUGGAAUCACAUAUUGGAUAAAUGCGUGGGCUUUCGUAAUGUCCAUAGGCUCAGCAUUUGUAAUGUGUUUAUGUUCUCCCUAUUUGUUUCCACUAAAGUUUCCUGCUGUCUUAGGUAGCACAGCCGGUAUUAGAGUGACUGCCCCUCUGCUUAAGACUGAGAAUUGUUUCACAGUUCACUUUGUCAAGGAGUUCCUAAAAUUAGUCACGUGCUGUAAUUGGGACAAGUAAGUUAUACAUUUCCUCAUUUUAAAAACUCACCUGUUGUACUCAAGGUUAUAACUUAAUUAACAAAGGCUGUUUUUUCAUUUUGAGUAGGUAUCAUUAAUAUGUUUAAAAAUGUAUGUUGAGUUUAAUUAUUUUCAGCAUUUCCAAAACAUCUCCUGAAAAUGCCUGUUUUGCUACCCACCAAUAAAUGAUGAGGGCUGUUUUAAAAACCACAGUUUCUACACUCUUAAAAAUAUUGCUUUCAUUUUUUAAAAAACAAAAAGGAAUUUUAGUUUUCAGAUACACUUCAGAGAGUGAAGCAAACAUUUGCCUUUUAUUCAAAAGCCUGUUUGCCUUUAAGUGGACUUACCAGCAAAAUAGGCAGAGCUUCCUUUUUUUUUGAAAAAAAAAAAAGGGCGACUAGAAUUGUGAAGAGAGGUGGUUUUCUGAAUCACCCAUGAGUUUAAUGUUACAUCCUUUUUUUCUUAAUCUAGAUUUAUAAUUAGUAUAUACAUCCUUUCCUUCACUGUAUCUUCAGCUAUUUAGUUACCAGUAUGCCUCCCACAUCUACAAAUUGUAACACUUACAUAAUUUUAAUGUAAAGGGAGCAAGGAGUUUACAUACUUCACUUCCUAGAGUCUUCCCAUUUGAUGUUCUGAAUAAGGGAAUUGUGAAUCAAAACAUCUAGCAAGACCACCUGUUUAAGAAUCUAAGGUCAUCUUCAAAAGUCUAAAGUCGCAGGCUUUGUCUACCAAUUAGAUAUUCAAAGCAGCUUUUCUUGGGCCUCCCAGUCGUGAUAGUUGAAGUCGAGCCACAAAAAUAAAAAAACAGGAAUGAGGUACAGGAAUGAGGUGCUGUAGCUCAUAGUUACAGCAAAGAGCUGCUGCCAUUGGCCCUCAGCUUGUCAGUGGCAGCCUUCUUAAAAAUUUUAACAUCAAAACAUUGUGAAUAUAACAGAACUGAAUUUUCAAGAAAACUUAAUGUAUUCUUUUUAUCUUGAAACGUUUGUUUCUUCAACAUGACGCUUAUGGCUAAUAAGUGAAUGUAUAGGAUCACAGCGUGAAAUGUGACUAAUUUAUGCCCUUUUGUCCUAUAGUCCUAUUUUUGAAUGAUCAGCAUUGUCAUUCUCUGCUUGUUACUGGGGGGCAGGCUGGGGGGGGGGGACAGUGAGAGUUUAAUCUCCUUGGUAAAACUUAAAAUACACCAUUGCAAUUGCAGUGACUUUGUAGUGUUAGUUUAAAUUCCAGAAAACCUUCUGUGUGUUUUUUAACCUUCCUAAUAGAGGAAAAAGUAACACGAUUUUACCAGGAUUACAAUAAAGAGUUGAAGUGACUUUUAAUAUGUAUUUUCUGAAAUAAAGGGACGUGUCCUCUUCAAUUAAAAAGUCCCUUGUAAGGAUGCUGGCAAAUGCUGACACGGUUGCUUUACAAUGUUUACAAUUCAGAAGUUAUUACUUACUGUGGACGCUCCUCAUUCAUUUAGCAUUGAGAAGCUGAAAGUUGCUUCUUUAAUAUUGAAUAGUAAACAGUGGUAUUGAUCAUGGACUUGUAAAAUGUUAUAUUUAUACAUAUAAAAAUAUAUUGAUGUCUCGCACCCAGAAAGAUGCUAUAUGGCAGAAAUUAUGAGCAUAAAAAUGGUGUUUCUCAGGAAGUAAAUUUGAAAAUUAUGUUCAUGGCUCCUGCCCUCCCACCCCAUUCUGCAUUCUAAUGUGAGACUGCUUCAGCAGUAUUGCUAACUUAAUGGAAAACUUUUUCUAAUCAAGUCAGGUGUACAUGUAUUCUAAAUAAUGUUAGCCAUUUACAUGAAUUGUGUGGUCUUUAAAUGGAAUCAGUGUUUCCUUGUAACUUCCAGGGAAAACGAGUUAGAGAAACCAGUAUAUGUUUAUUCUGAUCAUUACAUUUUAGAUUUUAAUUUUGCAAUUCAGCAUUCUAAUAUCCAAAAUGAAAGUCACAUGAUAAUUUGUUCUGCGUUGUAUACACUGUUCAACACUCACAAGCUGUCAUUUAAAAUGUUCUUUCGGGAAAUGAAUGCUAGCUAGAAAGUAAUAGAUUGUAUAUUUGCAGUUUUUAAAUUAUUUAUAACAGUGUCAUAAUUAUUACAAAGCUAAAUAAUCAUUAGUGUUUAUUUUUGUGUGGUUGCUCUUUGAUAGUUCCUGGUUUUAAAGCCUAUUUCAUCAAAUAAAUCUACAUUCUUAUAAAUAAUCAGUGUCCACAAAAUUUUCCAAGAAAAAUGCUUACCCUGUUCAUAUCACAUGGACCAGGUCUGUGGAAUUCUUUUUGUAAAUUACUUAAUGUAACACCAUGCUGUGUGGUGCCUAAUAAAUGCUUUCCAAUGAUGAACAUUUCUAUAAUGCCUCUUAAAGAUACCUAGUCUGAUUUUUCUCACAUUAAAAUAACUAGUCAGUUGUGAAACUUAGUUGUAUUUUGCUGCAUUUUAAUUAACCUUCAACAGCUAUUAAAGUGGAAUGUAAGUUAAAUUUUGAAGGAAAGGAAAUGAAUGUUUUCCGUUUUUGUCUUGAUUUACUUUCUGUAUGAGAGCAGCUGUGUUUUUGAUGGGUUUAUGGUUUGCAUGAAAUAUUUAAAAGUGAUCUAGGCCAAUGCAUGACUAUUGCUGUAAAUCUUUAUGUUGAUUUCUGCCUUAUAAAAUUCUUUCAUGGCCUACCUGAAAUUUAAUUUUCAGUGGACAAAUUAAUUGGUCCUCUGCACAACUUUUUUUUCAUAUGUAAAUUAUUUUACAAAUUAAUUUGAACAAGUUUAAUUGAAUCUUUUGUUUAGCUUGCCUCUAAGAACUUUCUGUAAAAAAGGUUCACAAAAUUUGUCAGCAAAUAAAUCUCCCUUAAAUAGGAAAAAAAAUGCUAGAUUUCAUAUUUGCUUACUUUGAGUUAAUAGCAACUUGUCAUAGGUUAAUCUGUUCUUGCGAAGAUGUGAGCAGAAUAUUAAAAUAUGCAUAUUUUUUAUGUUUUAGAAUAGAAGCCAUAAAUGCAGUGAAUACUGUUUGUUCAAAUACUUCAAGCUUCAUUUUUGACAUUUUGAAGGUUAUUAGGUAAAAAAAAAAAAAAGGCAGCCACAGAAGGGAG